CGUCGCUUUAGUUACCUCAUUGCAAAACAGCAACUGUAUAUCCCUAUAAUAUCUGUGUUUCUUAUUGUUUUCUGCUUGUGGAAGGUUACUACCUGUAAUGGAAAAAGGUUGCCCAAAGAGACCUUUACAUGAAGAGCCAAAUUCUUCAUCCAGUAAAGAAAGCUCUCCAAGCUCACCAAAGCAAUCGAAUAUUCGCAAAUAUGCAGUUUCGAAUCUCUCACCAAAAGAAUCUUCUACAUCAACAACGAGUUUUAAACCAAAACUACAUGGACAUGUUUCUGAAAGAGCUUCUACGAGUGGAACUGAAUCUUACGGACUUCAACUUUCAUCUACCGAAGCAUCAAAGAAGGAACAUGUAAACAAGUAUGAGCCUCAAGGAGCUGAAGGAGGCCUUGUUAGCAAAGAUUGGGGAACUGAAAGCGAGGAAGAUUCUCCUGAAGAUGCGCCUGCAAAAGCAUUAAAAAGGGAAUACAUGAAGAAAUACGCAAAAAUUGGUUUUGCACAUGGCAGAGGAAGAAGAACAAUAAGUGUAUGACGAAAGAUCUUUCCUGUUUCGUUGUAUGUCAUUAGCUCACUGGGCAGUUUUCGCCGAGCUAAGUGGUGUAACGGAUGAACCUGAAUUUGUUCCGCUCGUUAUUUGCAGUACAAUACAAAAGCUGAGAGAUUCUGGAAAACUUCCAGUGAAUUUUUGGGAAAGGAUAGCUGAGACAGCUCUCGAUAUUACAACUGGAAUUGAAAAAUGAUAAUAUUUGGUUUAUAAUGUUUUACAUUUGUCUUAAAAGUUUAGUGGCAGUGUUUUUAAUUCAUAU